AUGUUUGUAGUUAGGGUUGGUUUAUUUUCGAAAGAUUUUUGAAAAAAACGAAGAAAAAAAUGUUUUUCUAUAGAAUCUUCCCUAUCUUUUUCUGAUUUUGGCAAUUUCAACGUUGUUUAUUCGAUUUUGGGCAGUGGUGAGUUUAGACCGCAAGCUUGGCUAAGUUACCCUAACUUCUCGCGCUCCACCGAAAUAAACACGCAACGCAGACCGCGUCGCGCCACGACACACACAAAAAAUGGAAUUCCCUUUUUUGUGUGUGUUGUGGCGCGACGCGGUCUGCGUUGCGUGUUUAUUUCGGUGGAGCGCGUGGUACCAAUGAGAUUUUUGAUAAUAAGGUAACUUUGGCGCUUCGCUGAAGCUUGUGGAUCAAAUUUUCAGAAUUUUUUCAAAAAAAAGUUAUCCUAACUCAAAAUUUUCCCUAUUCAGCAUUAUUGGUUAAAUCAAGAAGCAGUGAGAAAUUCAAACAAUGUUCAUCUAGUGAUUUCAUUAAUUUUCGAAAUUGUUUUGGGUUUGCAAAUUUUGGCGAUUUUCGUGGAUUUGGGAUUGAAACAAUAUGCCACUUUUAAAUAUUCGGUGGUUUUGGAGGUGAGCAUUUUUUUGAAUUUUUCAAACCCUCCCCAAAACACUCACAAAAAUCGAUAGCAUCUGGAGUUGGUUGAAAAUCGCCAAAACAUUCGUUUUCCACGUUUUCACCGAAAAUCUGUAAAAAUUCUCUCAUUUUUCAUUGAAAAACUGAAAAAAACACGAAAAAACGAAAAAAAAACAAACAUGUGCGAAAUACGAUAAACAACAGGCAAGCGGAGUGUCGUUGUUUUUUUUGAAUUUUGAUGAAAAAUCGCUUUUUUCCCGGAAUUUUUUGAUUUUAAGCAAAAUUCAGCGCUCAAAUUUUCAGUUUUCAGUGAUUUUUGGAAAUUUUCACGCUCUAAAACAUGAAUUUUCAUUGAAAACCUGCAAAAAAACACGAAAAAACAAAAAAAAAACAAACAUGUGCGAAAUACGAUAAACAACAGGCAAGCGGAGUGUCGUUGUUUUUUGUUGUUGGGAGUAAUCGAAAAUUUCAGCAAAUUUCAGCUUUCUGGAGCAUGAAAACCCAAGAAAACCUGAAAAAAAAACGAAAAAAAAAAUAAAAAAUGCGAAAAAUAAAUACGAUAAACAACAGGCAAGCGGAGUGUCGUUGUUUUUUGUUGUUGGGAGUAAUCGAAAAUUUCAGCAAAUUUCAGCUUUCUGGAGCAUGAAAACCCAAGAAAACCUGAAAAAAAAACGAAAAAAAAAAUAAAAAAUGCGAAAAAUAAAUACGAUAAACAACAGGCAAGCGGAGUCUCGUUGUUUUUUCUCGGGGAAAUCGAUUUUUCUCUUAGGUCACCUCCCUUUCUUGCGCCAUUUUCCUCACCGGCUACAUAUUUUUCUAUUUUGGCGAAAUAUUUUUCGCGUGGAUCGGCGAUUUUAAUACGUGUAGAAGAGUUGGACUUGGCACUGAGAUUGUUGUCGAUGAAAAUGAGGCGGCAAUGGGAAAUGUAACAAUUACAGAGGGACCGGAUUUGGAAGGUGAGUUGGGUGAAGCUUCCGCGCAACUUUUCCGCUUCCGGAAAAGCUUUCCGCGUCAAAAAUCCCGCAAUUUUUCCAGAAGUCUGCCAUUUAUAUUUGCGAAAUGCCAUAAUUCGAAUGUCUGUGGACAUUUUGGUGAAUAUAAUCUACAUUUUAUCAAGUCUAGUGUUAUUGAGAUACACUUGGGAUUUUAUGAAGAUCAAACGUCCAAGACCAGAACAAAAUUGA